AUGGACAGCAAGCUCAGUCUCCGUAACCUGAAGCCAAGUAAGUACAUCCCUUAUGCACAAAAUGUCUGAACCUUAGCUGAUAUAGCUUCUUCGAUUUUGAGUCGUAACAGCAUCAACCCCUCGAAUAACAUCCAAAUGAGUUUUUCAGAUUUCCAGUCGAAGAAACUUCAGAAUUCCAAACUAGGUUUAUGAAGUUCUGACCAGAUUGGUAAUGUGUAUAAGAAUGAAGGAAUUGUGGUCGAAGGAAUUCAUAGCACCACUUCACGCCAAGGGUUGAUUUCUAACAACCCUAUUUCUCACUGGCCACGAAUCUCAAGGAACGAAUCUACAAGCAGUAAACGAUAUCGUGCAGGAAUUUAUAACCCUUUGGCUGAAAAACCAUGAUCAGAGUUUGGGGCCUGCAGGUCUUUUGAAGAAGAGAGUAAAGCAGAGGAGAAAGUGGGCUAUGGCAUCCUGAAGGGACUUGGAGUGUGCAAGAAGGAAGCUAUCACCUUGCUAAAAGCUGAUAUCUUAUGUGUCAAUGGAAUGAUAGAAAACUUCAUUAUAGAUAACAGUAGCCAUCAAGAAACUCAGAGAAGUACUCAGAGAUCUCCUCUUGAUGAAUUUCUAUCAAAGAUAAACUCGAAUGGAUUGAUUGGCUCUCAAUACAUAAAAUAAUGAAUUCAGAAAGAUCCACAAAGACUCUAAAAAUGUUGAUAAAAUCAUGAAAUAUCUUGAAUUUGAUAACAAGGAUAAAGCUAUUGAAUCACUUUAUGAAUCUUUAAGCCUGAUAGAGAUCCUGUGGAGCUUAAUGAUCUCCCUCGAAACCAUGACAUCUCUUAAACAGCCAACCAAUUAUACUGAAGACCUAAAUUCAUUCAAUGCUAAAACAAAUAAUUUUUUCUUAUCCAAAUCCUUCAAAGAGCCAGAUAUACAAAAAUGCAUCCAAAACUUAUUCCAAACCCGCUCUUCUUCCUAUAAAAACCUCUUCUCCUCCUUUACAAAGAGAAAAUGUAGCCCACGAGGAGUUAGCAAGAACAAGCCUGAGCAACCUUCAGAUUACUAUAAUUUCUUACUUACAUCUUCUAAGAUUAAGAAACCAAGUGCUCUAAUGCCGUUGCAACCACUCUCUGGCAGAAACAGCGUCCACACUGUGAAGAGCAAUGGGCUGAGAACAAGUGAUUUCACCACACAAUGUGAAUUGAUAUCCUGAAGAAACGAAGAAAUUCAAGAUCGCAAAGAGGAGUGUAAAAUAUUAAGAGAAAAGUGAUCCAUUCUGGACAAACAACUGUCGGAAACUGAGAAGAUUGUCAAAUGAUAUCAAAAGGAGCUUAGCUUGUAUAAGCAUGAUAAAUUUGAAGAAUCUUUCACAUCUAGUUCCCAGGUGAAGGAGACCCAAAAUAUAAGCAACCAGAUAAACAUUGCUAAGAUCAUCAUCAGUAAAAAGAGAAGUGGUAGAAAGGGACAUAAAGGUAUCAACAAAAAGAAGAAGAUCUUACAUAGAUCUGUAAAUGCUUAAUUUUCAAUCUUAGGAUCACUUUAA